AUGUCCAACAAAAAUAAUGUCAAUGGAGUCAGAGUCGAACCAAAGCGCUUGCAAGACCCUUCCACUCUCGAAUCCUUGACUUCCGCUAUUCAAGGUCUAUCGACUUACGUGACUCCUUAUCUCCCAUCACAUCUUUCUCUCCGAAAGGUUGCCGGCAGCCAAACGGACAUUUACUCUCAAUUUAAUGGAGGAUAUUAUGGCAAUCACGGAGGGAGCGGGAGGAUUGGGAAUGGAAUUAAUUAUGUCCAUGAUGCUAAUUUGCGCGGUCAUCACAACACUAUUAAUAAUAUGGAUGGCACUACUAAUGGUAAUCCUAAGGUCUCGCAUCCCGACAACGACAAUGAUCAGAACACGAUGGAGAAUAUGAUGCAGUUGCAAGUGCAAGGGCAAAUCGAGUCAAAAAAAGACGUGAUCUUGUACAGCGGAUUCGAUGAGAUUGGAGAAGGAGCUGGAAGUCAAUCAGUCUUAUGUCUAGGAUAUACGGAUGGUUUUCAGAUUUGGAAUAUUACAUCAUUGGAUAACAUUCAGGAAAUGGUGUCUAUUAAGCAUGACAGAGAAAUAGGAUGUGUGUAUUAUGUUAAGAUAAUCCCAGCCCCACGUGAAACAUCAAGAGAAGAUCCAUUCAAAAAGUAUCGGCCACUAGCUGCUAUAGUCUGUGCUCCACAAGAGGACAACCCAUCAGACACCUAUACAAAUAACUCACGCUCAAAAGCUGUUGUGAGGUUAUUUUCGUUAAAUACAUGUGAACUUGUUGCGGGAUGGAGUUUAGAUCUUGAGGGAACGAUUGCUGGGAUUAAGUGUAAUGAUCGGGUCAUUGUUAUUUCCACGGCAUUUCCACCUCGCCUUUACAUUAGCUCGACUUUAAACCUGGCUCCACUCCGUCCGUCGCCCCUGACUGAUGUAGCGGUACACCCGAACACUAGGGUUCCAGUCUUUACUCUUAGUUCACGACUCUUGGCGUAUGCAACAACUACGGCCCCGAAUCGGGUGAAGAACGAACGAAGUGGAGUUAUGGCAUUUCUGGCCAGUGGGUUGGGUAGUGGCAAUGCACAAGCAGAGGGGGUUGGGUACGGCGAUGAGAGCAUGUUUGGAGAAGAAGGCGUUUACUAUGAGAAUGGAGGGGUGUGGGAUAAGGGCUAUGGAGAUGUUGCUAAAGGUGUUGCUAAAGAAGUUGUUAACGGAGUCAGAAUUUUGGGCGAUUACGGCUACCAAGCCCUAUCUUCUUACUUCCUCUCUCCACCUCAUAUAAACUCGACUCCACCCUACCAUUCUUCAACCCAACCGAUCAAUAUAAACAGCUCUAUUGAUGCAAACAUGACCACUGGCGGAACUCGACCAAACGCUUCUCCACAGAUGUCUCCAUCAAAUAACAUGUUUCGAGUUGGAAGUUCUGAAAGUAAUACAAACGGAGAUGUUGGUGAGAAUGGCUUUCACGGGAAUAUUAAUGAUGAAAAUAACGGGGCUGUUGUUGGUGCGAUAAUUAUCCGCGAUUUAAUACCGAUCCCUUACACCACUGCCGCUGGCGCCUCUACAAACAUUUCAACCGUCCACACCCAUCGCAAGCAUGCGGCACUGACUCUUCCCGUUCUCUCUCACUUCCAACCACACACUAAUCCAAUAUCUCAACUCUCCUUCAACCCAUCCGGAAACCUUCUUUUUACAACCUCGAUGUCGGGCCAGACUUUUCACGUGUUUGAAAUUCUCGGUAGACGACGACCGGGGAACCGCAAACCUAUCAGACAUUUGUACAAACUUACACGAGGUUACACGAACGCGAGCGUUGGUGAAAAUGCAGUGGCGUGGAAUGGGGAUAGUAGGUGGUGCGGUGUAGCUACGGGAAGAGGAACAGUACAUGUGUUUGGGAUCAACCCUUUUGGUGGGCCGAUGGAUGUUAGAGCACAUUUGAGAGGUCGGGUUAGUAACAUUGAUGAAUGGCACGACACAACGUCUCACUCCCCAAUAAUUCGAAUAAAGCCCAGAACACCUCUUCCCGUCCAAGAUCCAACCGACUUGCCAGCGCCGCCAGUUCCUUUUGCGAAUGAGCUGUACACACUAGGAUCAAUCGACUCUACACCUUCAUCUACGAUUGUAUACGGAAGCAACCAUUCGAAUUUAUGGAUGCAGCACCAGAACGUUACUACAUUACCGUUUAUGAAAAGAUCGCCAUCAAUGUGUUUAAAGUUUUUGAAUUCCAACGCGCGAGAUGGGCACGCUAACAUCGGAGUAAAGAAAAAAAGCUCCAAAUCUCCGACGCCAGCUAAUGGGAUUCCUAACGCACAAUCUAGAGGACGAACAAAUCCGUCGACACAGACUCCCUCAUUGUCUUCUUCGCCAUCAUCAAAAGUUCCUUACCUUUCCACAGAUUCGUCUUCAUCCUCAACGAAAGCUGCUCCUCUCGCUAAUAUCAACCAUCAACAACUUUUGACGUUCCACCCAUCGGGUAUAUUAACACUGCAUCGUAUUCGGAUGGAAGGCGUUGUUAUACGCUGUGAUCCGGUUUCUAAAGACGAUACGCCAAAAUCUGCCGUUGCGAGUAUGGGCCGCGCUUUAGUCGAUGGAGCCGUUGGCGUCGUUGGGGGAACUGGUUAUAAAGAUGGUAGAAAGGACUAUAAAGGAGAGGAAAUAGAGUUGUCGGUUAAAUACGAUGAUGUAGCAGAAUGGAAAGUUUUUAGAGGUUCUGAUUGGGAAGAGGUUAAGAUUGGAUAUGAAACCCCUUCCAAUACCAAAAGCAACGGGACAACUUUAUCUAAAAGCGAAGCUCUCAGCAGACAAUGGCUUUCUCAGGCCGAGAUCUCUACGCAUACAACAUCGCCUAUGUCUUUGCCCCAACCGCUGUUCCUCACUCACCAGUUUACUCUACAAACCUUUAAGGGUGCAAAGUCGAAUGAGGCUAUUAAAGAAGGGAGAGUUCCUGAUGGAGAAAAAGUAGAGGUCAGAAAAGAAGUAGAAUGUGUCAACGAACCAGGGAAGGUAUUAGGCGGUGAGGAUAUUUCCGCAAACAUCACGAGUGCAAUGAAUACAUGCCUCGAUGUCUCGUCAGCAAUUCUGGUACUCCCAACUACAACACUCUCCUUUGAAGACGCCCAUCUCGUACAACUCGCCCAGAACAUGUCGACGAUAACAUCUACAACUCCACUAGACAUUUUCAAUUCAACAAUGAAAGGAUCGUCAGCUCCGCCAACGAAAUCUGACGGAUUGUCUGAACCAUCGGCCAACGUUGUCAACCAAUCCCCCAACCAGAGUUCCAACCGUUUGUCUGAAUCUGUUUCUAGCGAUUCAACUUCAGUAACUCUUCUGGCCCAAGUGCCAAAUUUCAAUCUCGCUAGCGAUCAUUUCGCAAACAUCCCUCAUAUCGAGUCUUCGUUGCCUGUUGAAUUGUCUGCUCAUGCAGAUGAUUCUGAACUUGAUUAUUUAGGCGAGGAGGGGAAUUUCUUCUUCUCACCUGAUGGAGAUAAUGAAAUUGCGCUGCCUGGGGAGAGCGUUUUGGAUGAGGAAUGA